AUGGAGAGAAAUCAUGGCGCGAAAAGGGUAUUGUCAGAGAGUUUGAGGUCGAUCUUACAAAGUGGCAUCAAUGCCGGCGUUCCAGGUGUCUCCGCUGCGAUCGCUACGCCUAAAGGCAUUACAUGGCGGGAUUCUGCUGGUUUUGCGGCCUCACAAAAGAAGAUCCCGAUCAAUGACUCAACUGCAUUUGGGAUCAGGAGUAUCACCAAAGUAUCCGUGGCGGUUGUCAUCCUCCAACUCAUCGAAGGAAACCAGGAUGAUUUAGAUGGCAUCGGUAAUGCAAAUGACGCAUCAAUUGGCGGUUUACUGAGUCAUACUGCUGGUAUCGAAAGUUGGGAAGAUGAUUUGAACUGGAUCGCUGAAGCGAGAGGUAAAAAAUUGGACCGGAAAACAAUUUGGGGCAAGAAAGGUACUUUAGAGUAUGUCAGACGACCAUCCAGGCUUGAAACUAGUCAUUUCCCUUCUUCCUAUACAAAUUACACUCUUUUGGAUUUGAUCAUUGAGAAAAUUACCGGUCACUCAGCAGAAAGCGAGAUCCGUCAAAUAAUACUCGAUCCUCUGAAUUUAAUGGAUAAGAUUACAUUCCUGGAAGAGUUUGAAGAGGUUGGAUUACAAAAGGAAAAUGUAACACAUCGAUAUCAUUAUGCUACAGAUACAUUUAGCAACACUGCAAGAGUCUAUCCGAGUUUUUCCGGGUAUAAGUGGAAGGGACUAGAUCUUAUUGAUGCAAGUGAGUCAAAUCUAUCAGUAGAAUGGGUAGCCGGUGGGACUGAUCUCCUCAACCCGUGA